AUGCUGUUUCAGCUAUCUCGACGGACAUGCGUGAUCGGUGCUGGCUACGGCGGGCUCGCGUCUGCGCGCUACCUAAAACAACAAGGCGUCCAGUUCUCCUUACUAGAAGCACAGCGGAGCCUUGGUGGUAACUGGAGGUUCCAGACCGAUUUGGAAGAGGAUGGCUUGCCACCGUUUACAGGAGUUUAUAAGCAACUGAGGACCAACACUCCCCGGCAGAUCAUGGAGUUUGCCAACUGGCCCUUCCCUGAUACCACGCCAUCUUAUCCAACCGCACCCUGCUUCUACAAGUACAUGCAGAACUUUACCAAGGCAUUCGACUUAGAGAAAUACAUACAGUUCAGAUCUUUAGUGACGUCAGUGAAAUGGGCAGAUACCCAAUGGGAGAUCUCAUACAUCAAGACGGAUUCGAAGGAGAACAGCACAAUGACUUGUGAUUUCGUGAUAGUCGCCACUGGGCAUUGGAGUUUGCCAAAGAUACCUAAUUUCGAGGGUCAGGAGAAAUUCGAAGGAAAAAUAAUCCACAUCCAGAAAUACAAAGACCCUGAACCGUUCAGAAACCUUCGGAUACUCCUGAUUGGCGCUGGCCCUUCAGGGCUGGACAUGGCCAUGCAUCUAACCAAUCAAAGCUCGCGUCUGAUCCACAGCCACCAUUUGGAGUACGACCAGCCGUUCUUUGGGGCCAAUUAUGUGAAGAAGCCUGAUGUCAAGAAAUUCACGAGGAGUGGGGUGGUGUUUCAGGAUGACAGCUUUGAGGAGGUGGAUAUUGUGAUACUAUGCACGGGAUACGAUUUUGACUUUAGCUUCCUACACGAGAGCUGCGGGCUGACCGUGUCGCGAAAGUUCGUGUUACCGGUCUAUCAGCACAUGGUGAACGUUCGGAGACCUAGCAUGGUGCUGCUGGGGUUGCCCAAGCCGAUAAUUCCAAAGCUUAUAGAUGCACAGGCAAACUACGCAGCAUCAUUAGCAGCGGGUAAAUUUGAGUUGCCCUCGCAAGAUGAUAUGAUGAAUUCCUGGCUUCAAGUAGCCGGGGGCAGGAAGAUCGUCGAUGUCAACUUCUUGGCUGAUCAACAGGACCAGUACUUCGCAAACCUCUCUGCCGAAGCUAGCAUCCCCCGCGUGUCGCCAGUAAUAACUAUUGUGAGGGACUUCAACGCCAAGAACCGGCUGGAAGAUCUAUUCAACUACAGGGAUUAUGACUAUAAAAUACUCGAUGAUCAGAAUUUUGAAAGGUUUUACAAUCCGAGAAAGGAAAUUUGUGAUAUUGUUGUUUAA